UGGAAAUGAGGAAGUGGAUUUUGGUGGCGAGGGGCCCGAGUACUCGAGGGGCCCGAGUACUCGAGGCCAAGGGCCAGGGCCAGGGCCAGGGCCAGGGCGCCCCAGGGCCGGAGGGGGGGGGGGGGGGGACGGCCGCACGGGGCGUGUCUCCGUGUGUCCCCUUCCGCCGGGCGUGCCCGGGCGCGAGGCGGGGCCGGGGCGGUGCAGUCGCCAACCGGGCGCAGAGCAGCAGUGCGGCGUCGCCUUCUCCGACGUGCUCGCUCAGGUCAGUGUCGCCUCAGGAAGGAAAAGGUGGGAUAUCAUGGCUUCCGUCUGGGUUGGACACCGAGGAACAAUAAAAGAUUAUCCAGGCUUUAGCCCAUCAGUGGAUGCUGAAGCAAUCCAUAAGGCAAUCAAAGGAAUUGGAACUGAUGAAGAGGGGCUCAUCAGUGUUCUAACUGAGAGGUCAAACGUGCAGCGGCAGCUGAUCGUGAAGGAGUAUCAAGCGGCCUAUGAGAAGGAGCUGAAAGAUGACUUGAAAGGUGAUCUCUCUGGCCACUUUCAACACCUCAUGGUGGCUCUUGUGACUCCCCCAGCAGUGUUUGAUGCGAAGCAGCUGAAGAAGUCCAUGAAGGGUACUGGAACAGAUGAAGAUGCUUUGAUUGAACUCUUAACUACCAGGACAAGCAGGCAAAUGAAGGAGGUCUCACAAGCCUAUUACACAAUGUAUAAGAAGAGUCUUGGAGAUGCCAUUAGUUCUGAAACAUCUGGUGACUUCCGGAAAGCUCUUUUGACUUUGGCAGAUGGUAGAAGAGAUGAAAGUCUGAAAGUGGAUGAACAUCUGGCCAAAAAAGAUGCUCAGAUUCUCUAUAAUGCUGGCGAGAACAAAUGGGGCACGGAUGAAGAUAAAUUCACUGAGAUCCUGUGCUUACGGAGCUUUCCUCAACUGAAACUAACAUUUGAUGAAUACGGAAAUAUUAGCCAGAAGGACAUUGAGGAGAGCAUUAAAGGAGAAUUAUCUGGGCAUUUUGAAGACUUACUGCUGGCCAUAGUUCAGUGUGUGAGGAACACGCCUGCCUUUCUAGCUGGAAGACUGCGUCACGCUUUGAAGGGUGCUGGAACUGAUGAGUUUACUCUAAACCGAAUAAUGGUUUCCAGAUCAGAAAUUGAUCUUUUGGACAUUCGAUAUGAGUUCAAGAAGCACUAUGGCUAUUCCCUAUAUUCAGCCAUUAAAUCAGAUACUUCUGGAGACUAUGAACAUGCACUCUCAAAGAUCUGUGGAGGAGAAGACUGAGUCAAGAUGAUCCUCACACGUCACCUGCUCCCACGAAGGACUUCUCCAACAGCUCUGCUUCCUUCUUUCUUACAGUAUCUAAAGUACAAGCAAGUGGUGUAAAACAGCAACUUCUUUGCCGCACAGUAAUUUUCUUUGUUCCACAGCAACAACAAAAACAAAAGUAAUUACUUUAGAGCAACUCAUCCAUAAUGUUCUAGAUUAUAAAUGAAAUUUUAAGUGGUAUUAAGAAUUUACAAAUAUUUCUGCUUCAGAAGUAACAAUCUUUGUAUAAUUCUAAAUCAUGAAAUAUAAAGCAGGGUAAUAAAAAUGGUUACUUUGGGGCCAGAGAUUUAGCUCAGUGGCACCGCGUCUGCCUCGCAAGUACAAGGUCCUGAGUUUGAUCCACAGCACCAAAAAAAAAAAAAUGUUCCUCUUGUUACAUAUAAUUUGUCUACUUGUUUUUAGAGUCUACUAAAAUUGUGUGGAUCCAAUGAUACAGUAUCUUAACACACAUACUUGCUGUAAAAACUGUUGCUGCUUUUAAAAAUUUUUAUCUACUUCUUUAUUAAUCACGCACUUUAAAAAAAAUUAAAAUGCAAAUGUACGUGACCCUGGCCUGCUUUUUCUACUUGUGAUCAAACUAUAGGAGGGGCAUUGCUAUUAAUCUAACCAUUUCCUGUCUGAACAGGUGAUUCAUGCUAAAUAUGUCUCUCUCAGAAAUGGGUAUUUAGGACAAAUCAAGUGUUCUUUUCCCCUAAGUCUGCAAAAUUAUGCCUCUAAAAAAAAUCCCUCAUGUUAUCUUUGAGUGGGACCUAAUGAGAAGUACCUUGACUGACCUGAAAUAUAUGAGAUUAAAAAAAAUUCCACUUGUA